GUAUAUAAAUUCCCACACGCUCGUCACUCUUCCACACUAGCUAGCUCCUCUAGCUCGGUCUUGAUCUUCUGCACCAUGGCCGCGCUAAUCCUGUUCUCUCUUGUGCUCCACCUCUUCGCCGUGCAAGCAAGCAGCGAUGGCGAUGAUGCGAGCUUCACGGCGUGCCUCGCGGCAGCCGGCGUGCGCAACGUGACGACGCGCCAGUCCCCUGCGUACGACGCCGCGCUGCGCCUCUCCAUCGCGAACCUCCGGUUCGCGGGCGCCGGCGCUCCGAAGCCCGCCGCCAUCGUCGUCCCGGCGUCCUUGGAUGAGCUCCGCGCCGCCGUGCGGUGCGCGCGGGGGGCGGGGCUCGUGUUGCGCCUCCGCAGCGGCGGCCACAGCUACGAGGGCCUCUCGUACACCACGGAGGACCGCGCCGCCUUCGCCGUUGUCGACCUCGCCGCGCUCGAUCGCGUCCGCGUCGACGCCGCUGGCUCGCGCACAGCGUGGGUCGAGUCCGGCGCCACGCUCGGUCAAGUGUACCACGCCGUCGCCGAGUCCAGCCCGACACUCGCGUUCUCGGCUGGGUCGUGCCCGACGGUCGGCUCCGGCGGCCACAUCGGCGGCGGCGGGUUCGGGCUGCUGUCCCGCAAGUACGGGCUCGCCGGCGACAACGUGAUCGACGCCGUUCUGGUCGACGCCGACGGCCGCGUCCUGGACCGAGCCGAAAUGGGGGAGGACGUGUUCUGGGCCAUCCGCGGCGGAGGCGGCGGCACCUGGGGCGCCGUCUACGCCUGGCGCAUUCAGCUCGUGCCGGUUCCCGAGCGCGUCACCACGUUCAUCGUCAACCGGCCAGGGACCAUCGAGUCGGUGGCCCGGCUUGUCUCGACGUGGCAGCACGUCGCGCCGUGGCUUCCCGACGACUUCUUCGUCUCGGCGUUCGUCGGAGCCGGCUUGCCGGAGUUGAACCGGACCGGCAUCUCCGUCACGUUCAAAGGUCUGUACGUCGGACCGAGCCACGAAGCGGUCCAGAUACUGGCCGAAAGGUUCCCCGAGAUCGGGUUGUCGGAUCUGAACCCGAGAGAGAUGAGCUGGAUCGAAUCCGCCUUGUUCUUCUCGGGUCUACCCCAAGGAAGCUCGGUUUCGGAUCUCGCGGACCGGGUGCUCCACAAGAAGAACUACUUCAAGGCCAAGUCGGACUACGUGCGCCGUCCGACGCCCUUCAAUCACCUGAUCAGAGCCGUUGGCCUCCUGUCCAAGGAGCCCAAGGCAUAUGUUAUCUUGGACCCAUAUGGCGGCGCCAUGGAUCGGAUCGGGUCUACUGAUCUACCGUUCCCGCAUCGCAAAGGCAACAUCCACGGCAUACAAUACCUGAUCGAAUGGACGACUGCUGAUGACAGAAACAGGGAGGAGUACAUGGAUUGGUUGAGGCGAUUCUACGACUCCAUGGCAGCAUAUGUGGCGAACAAUCCACGAACUGCCUAUAUAAACUACAUGGAUCUUGAUCUAGGCACCAACAACUGGUCUGGUCAUCUCCAUCUGAUCGAGUCCCCUAACACUAAUCCUAACCCAGAGGUUGAGGCGGCACGAGUAUGGGGCGAGAGGUACUUCUUGAGCAACUACGAUCGGCUCGUUCGCGCGAAGACGAUGAUCGACCCGGAGAACGUGUUCCGCAAUGCGCAGAGCAUCCCGCCAACCAAGAGUCCACGUGGCAUCUCACCCAAGGUCGCUGCCAAUGUGAGCACAUACGAUAGCUAGAGCAAAGGAUCAUGCACAUAGAUGCAUACAAAUACAAAUGUGGCUGUUGCGUUUUCAUUUUGGGCGUGUUGUGUUGUGUUGCUUUCACGGUGCCGUCCGAGAAGGGCGAUUUGCAUUUCUUUUGUUGGAGAAAGGUGCCGUCCGAGGAGGGUUGGUAUUUGGUCA